GCGGUCCCGGUGACGGUCCCGGUGACGGUCCCGGUAGCGGUCCCGGUAGCGGUCCCGGCUCGGGGGCGAUGUCGGUGCCGCUGCUGAAGCUCGGGGCGCUGCUCAGCACCGUGGCCAUGGUCACCAACUGGAUGUCCCAGACCCUCCCGUCCCUCGUGGGGCUCAACGGCACCGCCGAGUCCCGGGCCGGAACCUCGCAAAAAAUCGUGAGUCACCCCCUCCACUCCCCUCCCCCACCCGACCCGACCCGACCCGACCCGACCCGACCCCUCCCCCAUCCACCCGUUUUGGGAUUUUUUGGGAAGCGACACGAUGACGCCCAGCACCGACAACCAGUUUUGGGAUUUUUUGGGAAGCCACACGAUGAUGCUCAACGCCGACAACCGGCACCCGACAACCGGUUUUGGGAUUUUUUGGGAAGCGACACGAUGACGCCCAGCACCGACAACCAGUUUUGGGAUUUUUUGGGAAGCCACACGAUGAUGCUCAACGCCGACAACCGGUGGUUGAGCGACACGAUGACGCCCAGCACCGACAACCGGAUCUGGUACAUGGACGGUUACUACAAAGGCCGCCGCGUGCUGGAAUUCCGCAGCCUCUCCGACUUCAUCAGCGGCCAAAACUUCAUCCAGCACCUCCUCCCUCACCCUUGGGCCGGAACCGGCCACGUCGUCUUCAACGGAUCCUUGUACUACAACAAAUUCCAGAGCAACGUCGUUAUCCGUUACCACUUCCGAUCGCGGAGCGUCGUGGUGCAGCGGAGCCUCGCCGGCGCCGGUUACAACAACACCUUCCCGUAUUCCUGGGGAGGAUUCUCCGACAUGGAUUUCAUGGUGGACGAGAACGGGCUUUGGGUGGUCUACACCACCAACCAAAACGCCGGCAACAUCGUGGUGAGCCGCGUGGAUCCGCACACGUUGGAGGUGUUGAGGAGUUGGGAUACGGGAUAUCCCAAAAGGAGCGCCGGGGAAUCCUUCAUGAUCUGCGGCGUGCUCUACGUCACCAAUUCCCACCUGGCCGGUGCCAAGAUUUACUUCUCCUACCACACCAACACUUCCAGCUACGAAUACACCGACAUCCCCUUCCAUAAUCAAUAUUCCCACAUUUCCAUGCUGGACUACAACCCGCGCCAGAGGGUGCUCUACACCUGGAAUAACGGCCACCAGGUCAUCUACAACGUCACGCUCUUCCACGUCGUCAACGCCGCCGGAGAGCUCUGACGGACCUGCCCGAAAACGUCGUCGACGCCGC